AUGUCCUCCACGAGCAAAGUUUCUCCAACUUUAUUUGAUGAAGAGAACGACUUUUCAGAAAACGUCCAGAACCUGGAAGAACGCUACUUGAAAAACGAAGAGGAAAAUCACAAGCGCUGUUUGGAAAAUUUGGAGCAGCAAAUCAGGCUCCUUGGCGAGGAAAACUUGAAUCUCCGCACAACCCUUUUCGAUUUGAAAGAAGCUCAGAAGCGUAAAAAGGCCGAAAUGGAGGAGGAGCGAGGUCGAAAGAAGAAUCGGAAUUCUGAGAGGUACAGUGCGCCUGUCAUUACAUCUCGACCUCCAGGGGACCGAUGCUACGGCUGCAACCAAACUUUGCCUGAAGAUAAAGCUAUACAAGAGAUGCUCCUCAAUACCCAGGGCUUCAUCCGACCCCAAGAACCUGUCGCCUUUCGAAAACCAAAAGCCAAGAAAGAAAAGCGUCGAACUAUGCUCUAG